AUGCAAAAGUUGGUAUUAACCUGGUGUAGCUCAAUUGUGCAGUCGCGGAAGCGCAAGCUGCGCGAACUAUAUGCUGUUGCAACCGACGAAGAUGGCAUUCCGAACCUGGACCUCAGCAACCUCGACGCGGCCCCGACAGCACCAGCCGAAACAUCUUUCUUGAUUGACACUGACUUCACUCAAGGCCGACGACUGGGAAAGCUCGCCAAGUUCCCGCGCCGCAAAGUCCUAUUCGAUGCACGAACUCUUCCAGCUCACUCCCAACCUGCAACUAUUGAGAAUGUGCCCCAUUCUUCCAUCAAGGAUGCCUGGACCAAUGAGCCUGCCGCCCACGUAGCGAAUGAUGCUCAACUCAGCACCCCGAAGUCUUCGUUGACGGUGCAGGACCAACAGGUCCUACCACAGUCUUCGACAACGACGACAACCUCGACUCCGUUACCCCUGGCCGCGCCCGAUAAUUCGAAAGCAGGAUCGCUUGGACAGAAUGGCUUACAUACUGACCUACAUGAGAAGGCAUCGUCCUCCUUACCGCUAACCACCGCGACAAGCAACCAUAUCGCCACGAAUGGUACCAUCAUCACACCCUCUCUGGCGCAGCCUGGUCAUCCAUCAGCGCCAGCGUCAGCGAAACCUCGCAUCACCACGAAUGCUGUCCCUCUCGAACAUGCCCCCAGAUCGAUGGAUGUCGACAGUGUUGCGAGCCCGAAAGACUCAGGUUCAGCCCCAGCAACGGCAGACUCGUCACGGUACCAAGAUGCUCUAUCCUCUCCUGGCUCCACCGCCUUGUCGGCACAAACUCCUGCUGUGGCAGAUUCGGCAAACACGAGUCCCGAGAAUGAAGGACCACCGUAUGUGGAAAGAGCAGACGAGACGAAUGGCGUCAAGGCUCCAGAGGAUGUUACAGCAGGAGAUACGGGAGGCGAACGGAACGCAAGCAAUCCUACGGCAGAUGCAACUUUGUUGGACGAGUCGAAUUCGGCAGUAAUGAGUGGUGUUGAGGCCCAGCUUCUUCAGGAGUCUGCUGCAGCACAGCUUGCACAUGAGGGUAGCUCAGCGUCACCUCAGGAGCCAGAAGAUAAAGCCCUGAGCCCUGCAGAGGCCCGUUCCGCCGGCAAAUCUUCCGCCGAAGCAUUAGCGAAACCUGUUCAAAAUGCGGCUCAAGUUGUUGGGCAAACUGCGAUGCAGAGCACACCACCUCUUGCGAAUGGACUAUCACCCACUCCGGGACCUGUGAGCGAAAGGCGGGAAGCUAGCUCAGUUGCGCCGAUGGACUUGGAUGUUUCUGUUCCAACACAACCGACAGAAGUCCCACAGCGGCCCUCAGCUCUCGAAGCAGUCACCAAGGCUACACCUACCCCGGUUUCAAGCUCCACGCCAACACCUGUAGGGGUUUCGAAGGACGAAAACGUCGCUGUCACACAACAACGGGCAACCCCAGCCAGGGAAGUUCCAACCAUUACCAUUGAGCCUCCAGCGCCCCAGGCCACCGAACCCCGGGUCCCCGAGGAGGCAGACAAUGAUUCGGAAAAGAACCUCUCAGCGCCGCAACUGAAGCUGCUCGCGAAUAGGGAACGCGAUCGACGGCGAAGAAGUGUCCCGACAGUUAUUUUCGGCAAGCCGGCAAAGAAAACACACAAGACGGUUGAUGACAGUGUUUUGGCGAUCAAUCGCCAGAGGCCUGGAUAUAUACCUUCGGAUGACUAUUUCACUCCGCUUUUCAUUGAAGGGUUCACCCGCACAUCUACCUGGAUGAAGCCUAUUGAGAAACUUCUUAACCAGGCCCACAAGACAGUCUCCACGUCUGACCAGUACCUGUCGAUACUCGAUCACCAGGCGUGCAAGAUUCUGAGAAGGGUUUACCAUCUACAGCAGCAUGACAAGUGGUCCCUGAGACAACCUAUGAGGUGUCCAGAGCCGACCAGGCCCCCGUCUCACCAGGAUGUUUUGCUCCAGGAAAUGAAGUGGAUGAGGACAGAUUUCCGAGAAGAGCGCAAGUGGAAAAGGGCAGUUGCUCGGAAUCUUGCGUAUGCGUGCGCAGAAUGGGUUUACUCAAGCCCCGAGGAACGCCGCGCGCUUCAGGUCAAUGCUGUUGUACCACCAAAACCAACAGCACCGGGCCAGGAUGUUCAAAUGACUGAUUCUGGUGAAGGAGGAGAAGAGCCACUUCCCGAAUUGGAUCACUCGGAUUCACCGGCGGAACAUGAGGAUGAGCACUUGGAGGCCAUGGUCGAGACGGUGGCGCCCGCCAUGAUAUUUGCGCUCCAGGAUGACGAGGUUGUUUUUGGACUGCAGCCUAGUAAGACGGCUGAACUCCUGCUCGAGAACCUUCCCAUGUAUGGAUCACCCCUCCAAGUACCCAAGUUCGACCUUGUUGGGCCUGAAUAUGAUCCGGAUGCAAAAUGGAAGAGACCAGCUGUGCCCCUGAGCAAGUUUGUCGAGGGCGAGAUGGUACUGGCCGACAAAGGCCCACCGCGAAAGCGACGUCGCUUCGACUAUCUUUCAGACAGCGACAAAGAAGAUGGCGAUGAAGUUAUAUUCGGCACGCAGCCAGAUAACAAUGCGCACUCGCAGCCAGAAAACUCGGCCGUUGCGCUAUUCAACCCUGAAAUGAAAGCUGUUCGAGAUCGUUUGCACGCGGGUCACCAAUUCCGACCCCCGACCGAGUACCCCAUGCCUUCUCAGAGCUUCUUUGAAUGCAGGAUGGCAUCGCAAUGGACCUUUGCGGAAGACAACCAGCUCAAGUCACUAGCACUCGAGUACAACUAUAACUGGUCUCUGAUUUCCAGCGUGAUGUCGACAAAAUCCCUCUUUUCUUCAGGCGCUGAGCGGCGGACUCCUUGGGAAUGCUUUGAGCGGUGGACCAAUCUGGAAGGCCUGCCUACUGAAUUGGCCAAGACGCCGUACUUUAAGCAAUAUCAGCUACGUAUAGACAAUGCCCAGCGGGCUAUCCUGCAGCAGAACCAGACGGCCCAGCAGCAAGUUGGGCCAAAUGGCGCAGUCACUCCGGUUCCUAGGCGCAGGCCGACCACGACGAUGCGGGUAGAACGGCGCCGCAACCAGAAGCAUUUGGCCAUGAUUGAUGCCAUGAGGAAACUGGCGAAGAGGCGGGAGACGGCCAUCCAGAAGGCUCAACAACAAGCCAGUCAAGUUGCCAGCCGUAAGGUGAAUGAGGUAUCCAGGCAGCCGAUUCCGCCGGCCAAGACGCCGCGUGAUUAUAGCAUAAUGAGGCAUGAGCGUGACCAGAAACUUGCUGAGAGGAUGGCUCAAUACACAGCGCGGCAAGCAGUUGCCCUCGGAAAGAAUCUGAAACCACAGCCUCACGCGGCACCGGGCACGCCUGCUGCUCUUGCCGCGGCACAGGCUGGGCAAAUGCCUGGUGCCAAUUCCCUGAUGGCCGCCGCCGCCGCUGCCCGGCUGAACGUGCCAGCCCAAGUGGCCCAGAACAGAGUGCAAGCACGGGUCCCGAUGCAAGCACCUCUCGGAGCAGUGCCACCUGCCGUUCAGGCUCGUUUGAAUGGUCUUGGUGCACUUGUUCCUCCCAUGGCCGGCAUCCCUCAAGCUCAGCUUCAAGCCGCUCUCCAAGCACAGCAGAGAAUGCCAAUGGCGACACCACAGCCAGAUCUCAACCUCGUGCUGCAGGCUCAAACCAUCCAACAGCAGCAGCAGGCGGCCAUUCGACUUGCUCAGCAACAGCGACAGGCGGCUCAACAGGCUCAACAGGCGGCAGCUCAACAAGCUCACCAACAGGUUCACGGCCACCAGCAACAGCAGGUUGGGCAGCAGCAACAUCAGCCUCAACAAGGAGUGGCCCAGCAGCCUCAGCAGCAGCCACAGCCUCAGCAGGUUGGCCAGCAACCUCAACAGCACCCCCAGGUCAAUGGAACCCAGAAUUCACCCUCACCCAUGCGCAGUGUGGUGAACGGUCUAAACCAAGGAGCAUUUAUGGCCAAUGCCAACGCCCAGGCCAUGAUGGCGGCCUUUAACGGAGGUGGCUUGGCUACUUCACCAGGCGCUGGGCUGACGAUGCCCAUGCUCAACCCCAGAGUGGCGGGUGGGGCUCUUAACCCUGCAGUACAGCAGCGCAUCGCUGAGUUGGAGGUGCAUUAUCGGAACAAGAGUCCAGGCCUCACGCAACAGGAGGCCAGGAACCUUGCCAUGGAGCAAGUGGGCAGGAUCAUCGUCCAGAACGCCCAGAAUCACCAGCUUGCCCAAGCUCACCAGCAGGCCGCUAUGAGCGCUGCGGCUGGGCAGCUGGGACACCAACCAGGCCUGAACGCCAUGACAGCAACCACGAGCCCGCAUCAAUACGCAUCAUUGCUGCGGGCUCAGCAGCAGGCCCAAGCUGCCCAGAUCCAAGCCCAACAGCAGGCUCAACAAGCCCAGCAGCAGGCCCAGCAACAGCAGCCACAUAACCCGCAGGCUCACCAAGCAUCGGCAGUGCAACAAGCACAAGCCCAGCAAGUUGCUCAACUUGCUGCCCAGCAGGCUCAGCAACAGCAGCAACAACAACAGCAACAGCAGCAGCAACAAGCUGCUCAACACCAAAGGCAAGCGAGCGGUAGUGCCACGCCUGCGCCUGGUAAAUAA